UUAGGCUGUAAUUAGGGGAUCUGGUAGGAGAACUUUCCUGGUGACGCUUUGCUUUUCUUCUGCUCUUAGUGAGAAAGUACCUCCUUCUUCCUAGGAUCAGGACCUCUGCCAUCCAGAGCCACAAAGAGACAUUCUACGCGCCCGCGCGCACACGGACACACACACACACACACACACACACACACACACACACAACACAUGCGCAUUCACACUCUCCCAGAGACAAACUUAAGGUGAGGGAAAGAGCUCUAGCUUCACUUGAUCUCCAGGUUCCAACAUCAGCAGGACUUGAGAGCAUCUAAUCUUCUGGAUUUCAGGACAAGUGAAGAAGAUUCUUUGGGUUUUAUAAAGAUGAAGAACCUACUUCUUCUGGUGCUGAUCUCAAUGUGCUGGGCUGAUCAUCACUCAGACAGCUACACUCAGAAUUAUGACAGAGUUAUUCACAUCCAAGCAGAAAAUGGCCCUCGCCUACGUGUGGAAGCUGAGCAAGCCAAGGUGUUCUCCCACAGAGGUGGCAAUGUUACACUGCCAUGUAAAUUUUAUCGAGACCCAAGAGCAUUUGGCUCAGGAACCCACAGAAUCCGAAUUAAGUGGACCAAGCUGACUGCCGAUUACCUCAAGGAAGAGGAUGUGUUUGUCUCCAUGGGAUACCAUAAGAAAACCUUUGGAUACUAUCAGGGUAGAGUGUUUUUAAAGGGUAGCAGUGACAAUGAUGCUUCUCUGGUAAUCACAGAUCUCACCCUGGAGGACUAUGGGAGAUAUAAAUGUGAGGUGAUUGAAGGAUUAGAAGAUAAUACUGCUGUGGUAGCAUUAGAGUUACAAGGUGUGGUGUUCCCUUACUUUCCUCGACUGGGGCGCUACAAUCUCAAUUUCCAUGAGGCCAGGCAGGCCUGUCUAGACCAAGAUGCUGUGAUUGCCUCCUUCGACCAGCUGUACAAUGCGUGGCGAGGUGGGCUGGAUUGGUGCAAUGCAGGCUGGCUCAGCGAUGGAUCUGUGCAAUACCCCAUCACAAAACCCAGAGAGCCCUGCGGAGGCCAGAACACAGUGCCUGGUGUCAGGAACUACGGGUUUUGGGAUAAAGAUAAAAGCAGAUAUGAUGUUUUCUGUUUUACAUCCAACUUCUAUGGUCGUUUUUACUACCUGAUCCACCCCACCAAGCUGACCUACGAUGAAGCGGUGCAAGCUUGUCUCAAUGAUGGUGCUCAGAUUGCGAAAGUGGGCCAGAUAUUUGCUGCCUGGAAACUUCUUGGCUACGACCGCUGCGAUGCGGGCUGGUUGGCAGAUGGCAGUGUCCGCUACCCCAUCUCGAGGCCAAGAAGGCGCUGCAGUCCCACCGAGGCUGCCGUGCGCUUUGUAGGUUUCCCAGAUAAAAAGCAUAAGCUGUAUGGUGUCUACUGCUUCAGAGCAUACAACUGAGUGUGCCUCUAGUUCACAUCAGUUUUCAAGUCAGAGAAACAUGUGAAAAAGGUUUUUUUGUUUUGUUUUGUUUUCAAUAUGAACUCAUGCAAGUUACCAAAACUGUGAUAUCCCUUUUCUACUUACUGUAAAGAGUCAUUUUCAUAAAGACCAAUUCAUUAAUUUGUUUUUGUAAAGCUAGCAUUCAAUAUAUAUUUUAAAUUAAUAUAAUUUUAAGGGAAGUGCUUCAUAAGGAGGCUUUAGAGACAAACUGUUUAAGCUACAUCAUCCCAACAAGUAUUCUUUUGUGACUGGGGCAUGCAAUAAAUAGCUUGAGGAUCCUUAAGGUUAUAAUUAAGGAAAAUAAAGUUACUCAGAGCAGCAGCUUCCACAAGCACAAAUUUUACACAUUUGUAUAAUUUUGAAAUGCAUGACAAUACAUAAAUUAGAACAAAGUGAUUUGAAGUAUAUGCUUCUUUACAUAAGCUGAGAUCCUGAGAGGUUGCACUAAACUCAGUUUCAAAGGGAACAAUCUAUACUUUUCUAAAAGCCAUCGUAUCAAGUCUCCAGUAAAUGGAAUGUCUUACUCUUUAAAAUCCUGCCUUUUUGACCAAAAA